GAACGGAAGGGGGUGGGGUGAGAGAUGAUGAGGAGAUGAUGGUAGAGAGCCAUGGGGCGCGCAAUGAUCAGUGCUUCGGCUCUCAGUUUUGCUUGGUUCGGGCCAGGUUUCAUUUGACUCCCAACAGACGAGGAGGCAGGAGGACAACGGAGAGGUUGUGCAGCGAGGCUCAGUUUCUGACAACAUUUGCAUGUAUCAAAGGUUGAUCUGUGGUAGCAGCAGUAACGGAACGAGCACGGCAGUUACACGCCUGGGCAGCAGUGAGUGAGAUGUGCUCUCGGGGUUAGACUGCGGUGCCUCUCGUGACGGAGCAGUUAUAAAUGACCCUGGGCUGGCUGCGUCUGCACAGCGUGUGAGGGAGACACCAGAAUGUCCACAGAGACCGAGCUGCAGCAGGUCUUGAAAACCAACACGAGAAAGGAGUUCAAAAAAAAGGGUCACAAUCGGAGCGAAGCUGGACUGAUCAAGCGGUUUAAAGGCGAUGGAAUCCGGUACAAGGCCAAGCUGAUCGGUCUGGACGAGGUGACGGCCGCCAGGGGGGACAAGCUGUGUCAGGAUUCCAUGAUGAAACUCAAGGGAAUCGCAGUGACAGCUCGAUCGAAAGGAGAACACAAGCAACGCAUCUUCCUCACCAUCUCGUUCGGGGGAAUCAAGAUCUUCGAUGAAAAGACUGGAGCCAUGGAGCAUCACCACGCUGUACAUGAAGUCUCCUACAUCGCCAAGGACAUCACUGACCACCGCGCCUUCGGCUACAUCUGCGGCAAAGAGGGAAAUCACCGGUUUGUGGCCAUCAAGACAUCGCAAGCUGCCGAGCCUGUGAUCCUCGACCUCCGAGACCUUUUCCAGUUGAUCUAUGAGUUGAAGUUGCGAGAGGACAAGGAGAAGAUUGCCCAGAAGGACAAGCAGAGUGAGCAGGCGGUCUAUCAGACCAUUUUGGAGGAGGAUGUGGAGGAUCCAGUGUAUCAGUACAUUGUGUUUGAGGCUGGACAUGAACCGAUCCGUGAAGUGGAGGAGAACAUUUACCAGGUCCCCACCAGCCAGCAGAAGGAAGGUGUCUAUGAUGUGCCAAAAAGCCAGCCGAAUGGGUGUCUGUUGCUGGACUUUGAUGAUGAUUUCAGUGCCACCGACCAGACCAUUAAUCAGCUCGACCUCUUCGGCGACAUGUCAACUCCGCCUGAUAUUACCUCGCCCGGGACGCCGGCGUCGCCAGCCAAUGCCUUGGGCCCAGAUCCGCUAUCCGCCCGAGGGAUGUGUACUCCGGGCAGACAGGACCUCUUCAGCUCCCCCUCUGUCCCCACAGGUUACGUGACGAUGGGAGCAGUGCCCCCCGGGGUGUGGGCCCAGCAGGCUUCGGGUGGCCCCUCCGUGGCGUGGGGACAGCCCACGCUUUACGCUGUGCAGCAGCCGUGGGCCGGGAUGGGCAACCCCUUCCAGCCCGCCGUCUUCCUCCCGCCUCAGGCGCCCAUCCCACUACAGACUGCCAUGUUCCAAGCGGCCUUGUCGGCGGCCCCUCACCCCAGCCCCCACAGGGGCCUCGCCGCCACCAACGACAUGUUCAAGGAUUUCCAGAUGGUCAAGGGGCCGCCCGUGCCCUCCAGGAAGAGCGAGCACCCAUCGCUGGUCUGCACCUCGGACGCCUUCAACACCUACUUCAGCAAAGUGGGCCUGGCCCAGGAAGUGGACGACGCCGACGACUUCGACAUCUCGCUGCUCAACCUGACUCCGGCCACGUCCACCUCCACCCCCUCCUCCACUAACUCACCCCCGACCUCGUCCCCCCACCAGCACACGCCAGUCUCCUCGCCCAGCCACACCACGCCCGCCCAGUCACCACACCGGGCCACGCCUACCAGGUCACCGCCCCCUCCCCCCGCCGAGCCCCGCCUGCAGGAACAACCAGGAGAGGAGCCAGACAACCAAAGCGAUCGAGGAGCACGGUCACAUCCUGGCAGUACUGAGGCCUCCCCUCACAGAGAGCCUGAUGGCAACUUGCUCGGUGACCCCCUCCCCCCACAGGUCGGUAGCUAGGUAGCACAGGUCGGGGGGGUGGAGCCUCUCUAUGCCCAGAUCAUGAAGAACAAGAGUUAAGCAGCGAGAGUCGGGCGUGUGGCCGGGAAGCCUCGGACUCUUCUCCAUUGGAUCAGCGUGUAGCCCCCCCACCUCAAAACACUAACGUGCCCCCCCCCCCCCUCAACCAUUGAGACCUGACCUGUCUAAACCAGCGAACAGAACACACAGCGGAUUUUUGCCUUAUGAGGCGGCUGGGAAUGAAGACAUUUUA